AUGAUGGACAUACUCCUCUCCCUCCCAAUUCUAUCCGUCUUCCUCGGGGGUAGCUUGACCUCGUGGUCGACCUCGCUGAACCUCCUCUUCUUCUACAUGACCUGGUCCACCCUCGUGCUUUCCCACAACCCGCUCUACGUCGAGCUGUUCGGCACCCUGGCCAUCCGACUUGUCUUCUUCCUGCUGCCCUCCCUCGUCUUCCUCCUCUUCGACACCCUCCUCCCGUCCCUGGCCGAGAGCAUCAAGUUCGGCGGCUCGUCCGCCCUGCCCCCCCGCAACGCCCGCGCCCUCGCCACUACAUUCCUCCUCGCGCUCCUCAACAUCCUCCUCGAGACAGCCCUCGAGGCCGGCGCCAGCCUCGCCCUGACCUUCCUGUUCGGCCACGUGCCCUUCAAGACCACCACCACCCUCCCGCUGCCGUGGGCCAUCCUCAAGCAGCUGGGCUGGCUGUACGUCUCCCGCGAGGCCCUCGCCUACUACCUCCACAAGACGGUCCUGCACUCGCACACCCACGCCUGGACCCGCAGGGCCCCGCUCAGGUCCUCCCGCGGCUGGGUCGCGAGGCAGCACUCGCGCUUCGCCCACUCGCGCCCCGCCGCGCCCUACAGCCUGGCCGUCGCCGCAGACCACCCCGUGCCGUUCCUGCUGCACCGCUUCGCCCCCGUCUACUUGCCGGCGCUGGCUGUGCGCCCCCACCUGCUUGUAUACUUCCUGUUUGUGGGCCUCGUGACCCUCGAGGAGACACUCACCAUGUCGGGCUAUACCGUCGUGCCGGGCAUCAUCAUGGGCGGCAUCGCAAAGCGUAACGCGAAGCACUACGGUGCUGGCCACCGGGGACCGUCGAGCGGGAACUACGGCGCCUGGGGUGUGUUGGACUGGGGCUGCGGGACGGCCAUGGGCGGACGUGACAUCGAGGACGAUGUGCGCGAUGAGGCCGAAAAGCAUCAGGUUCGAGAACGGGGCGAGAAGAAGGCGAAUGACGCUGUUUCACUGGUCCAGAAUGGACUUGAUGGGAUAAGGAAAGGAGGAAAGAAGGGCAAGAGAGGCGGUGGCGGUGAUUGA